AUGAGCAUUAAUAUUAACGGUAAUGGAAUUGAUGUCAGCGUCGGCAUUAACACCACAUCCAAGGCCAAAGACCUAAUAGACCUCCCCCUAGACCUCUUCGUCAUCAUAGCCCAGUUCCUCACCCCGCAAGACAUCAUCCUCUGCCGUCGCGUCAGCCGCGCCUGGCAUGCCGCAUUCAAAGACGCCAUCGCGUCCCAUCACUUCAUGACGCGCCACUUCCCGCGCUCGCGCGAGAUGCGCACCGGGGACGUCGGUCUGAAACCGGACUGGGCGCGCGUGUUUGCCGACGUAGCGCGACGGUAUUUCUAUCUUCGCGCUGCGAAACCGCGGCUCGUCGAGAAAAUCGAUGUUGUGCGCGAGGGCACGGCGGGGUUCCAGGGCGUCCCGCCUUGGGAUAGGUGGUUGAGGUGGGAUGACCAUACGGCGCCUUUUCAGUACCCGGAUGCGACCUGGUCUGUUGAUGAGGGGUUGUUGGUGUACCAGGAGGUGGUGUCGCGGCGCUGGGUCGCGUAUGAUCUCGAGACGAGGCGGCUGUUCGAUGUCCCGUUCGAUACGAAGGGUAGAAUUGUUCGCAGACUGAGACUUGGCGAGGGGGUGCUGGUGUUUGAGUGGUGCAAGGUGUCUGGGGUGUAUUCGUUGGAUACGCCGGAGAUGUCGCAUCGGCAUUUUGCGACGGCGUUUGAUGUCCGACGACGGCGCGGGGGAGAGGAUUCGAACGAGGGCCGGGUUGAGUGGGAUAUCAUAUUCCGCUGCGAGUGGAAGAUUAUUACCCUAGACUUACCGCUAGACGACAACGACCGGUUCUUCUCGGCACACACGGCGACGCAUUACGCGCUGUACUUGUGGCAGCCAGACCGAUCGCCGUGGCUCAUCGACCCACGCGAAGAGCUUACCGUGUGGAAUAUUUCGCAGCCGUCGACGUACCGCCCAUCGCUGGAUAUGGCUGGGGCCAACAAGCUUAUUCCUGACGGGCCAGCCCUCGUCAAGAGGUUCUCGCGGCGGGAUCUCGAGUUCCUGGGCUUGCGCCAGCGAUACACGCCCUCGAUAAGGGAAAUCCGCCUCGACGAGGCGAACGUGUACGUGCACGAGGAAGAACACCGCUGGCUGGCGGGACAGCACGCCAGUCUGUCGCCGCCGCGGCACCACCAGGUGCGGUGCACGGGGAUCCCGUUUUCCGGCACCGGGCCCCGGUGGUUCGACGAGUGCUGCGCCGACGGCGACGUGCACAUGAGUUUCUGCCCGCGGGCGGGCUCGCUAGCCCGGAUCCUGGGUCGUGCCCGCCUGCCUGGCACUGAGGAGGGACAGCUGUGGCCGGGGUGGGCGCCGUGCUGGCGGCACGAGGAGUUCCCGUAUUUGACGGUGAGCGAUGCGGUGGAUGCGCGCGCGGGGGUGAGGGUUGUGGCGCGGCAGUGUUUUAUCAUGGAGGCGCUGUCGAGUUUUGUUCUGCCGAAGAUUAGUAUGCUGGAGGAGCGGGAUAUAUUGACGGGGGUAGGGGAGGGGGAAGGGGAAGGAGAUUUGGUGGCGGAGGUUAGGUUUCCGGAUGAGAUGUGGUGGGAGCUGAUGGGACGGGGGAAGAUAGCGGGGGAUGAGAGGUGGGUUGUUGGUGAGGAUGGUAAUGGGAGGGUUACCGUUGUGAGGUUUUGAGGAUAGGGGUAAUAAGUACUUGGCUGUUUAUUAUCUUACGAUAGAUGAGGGUGUUUAGAGAUUGCAUGAGGAAUCCGAUAUAUGUGUGCACGGCGAUACAAGUGUUAUUUAUUGGAGUAACGGCUUUGUACGGUUGGAGUGGGAUCAACAUAGCCACUCGGGGACUGAACAUUAUACUUGAUAUAAGGGGUACCUAUUAAAUCAGAGUAGAAGCCCCUUUUAAACCCCUGUUGGAGAUACCUUAGAACUUUCGAGCCAACACUCUUAUAAUGUAAGGCUUGUGAGACUACUCUCUAAUUAAUAAGAACACUGAAAUACAUAGGUAAGUUAGGU